AAUCACUUAUGAAAUCAUACUACUGUUCUGCGUUGUUAAAUACAAUUAUAUUUAAAUGAUUCCGAAGGUAAUGUACACGACACACUAAUUCAUAGGAUUAUUUUUUUUUUUAACACCAUUUAGUGUUGUUCAUUGGUAAAUAAGAAUGUAUAUCGACGAUACACCAGCUAGUUUUAUAUUUUUUCUUGUUAUAUUAUCAUCAGGAAAUAGUCAAACUUUAUCAGAUAUGAAACAACUUUACAGUGAUAUUUUUACGAACCACCAAAAAUCGUUAAUUCCUAAUUCGGAUUUCUCUUCUCCGUUAGAAGUAAAAUUGCAAUUUCAUUUAAUGACAAUCACCCAAUUUCGAGAAGUGGAAGAGACUUUACAGAUAGCGGCAGGAAUAUCAGCCUUCUGGACGGAUGGUGAGUUUUCAUGGACACCUUCUUCAUAUGGAAAUGCCAAAUAUGUAAUAGUGCCACAAAAAACCGUUUGGACACCAAAAUUAGUACUUUUAAAUUCUGUUGGUACAUUGCAACCAAUGGGAUUAGGAAAUGAACUGUCUGUGACUAUCGAUUACAAUGGUUCUAUGGCUGUUUCGUAUGGUGAGGUAUUAUUUUCAAAGUGUAGUACAAAUAUAUACAAAUUUCCAUUCGAUUCACAAACAUGUGAAUUACAAUUUGCUGCCUGGGGUGUUUAUGCGAUGGACAUACGUUUGAAAGGAGUUUCAAACCCAAUUGAUUUAUCCUCUUUCACACCAAACUCAGACUGGGAAUUAGUAUCUAAUAGUUUGAUAACACAUCCUUCAACAGGAUAUUCUAUUUUUCUGAUUGAACUGACAUUGAAACGUUCACCGUUAUAUUACACAGUUAUAGUGAUUUGUCCAUUUAUUUUAUUUAGUAUUUUAAAUCCAUUGGUAUUUUUACUUCCGGUUGAGGCCGGAGAACGAAUAGGACUUGCAUUGACAGUACUAUUAUCGUAUACUAUUUUUCUAUCCAUGGUGCAGACGUCCAUACCAGCCGCGUCAAAUCCGAUGAGUCUUUUACUUAUCAUAAUGGUAGCGACUAUACUGCUGAGUGGAAUCAUUGCUGUUGUUACCAUUUACAUAUCAUCACUUUAUUAUAGAGAGGAAUCGGCAAAAAUGAACUUUUUAUUGAAAUUUAUUGGACAAAAGUGGCAUAGGGGUAACAAAAUUACCCAAGUUAUGCCGCUGUGCAACGAUGCUGAGAAGGACAAUAUGAAAUGUAAAAAUGAGAUAUUUAUAACGUGGAAGGAUGUGUGUGAUGGACUCGAUAAUAUCAUGUUGGUUAUAGCGUAUUCUGCCACAGUGAUCCUUAUUUGUGCCUAUUUUAUAACUAUAUCUUUGUAAUUAUUAGUAUUCAUUUCUAUUCCAUUUACAAUACAUUAGUGGGGUAAUUAACAUAUUGUUGUUUCUAAGUUCUAAUAUAGCAUACUUAUCUAACGUAUGUAGUAAUCAAUAAUUGCCAAUUAAUUUAAAAGUUUGGUUAUGUUAAUAAAAUUGUAAACGGAAAUGGGGAUUGUGUCAAAGAGAUAACAACCCGACCAAAUAAAAUAGAAAUUCCCGCACCCGGAGUCUAGAGUUUAAGGCGAUUAUAAGAAAAAUAGUCCUAUCGAAAGAUAUAAAACUUUGAGUUUUAAUCAUAUAAUUGUUAUAAUUUUUUUUAGUAACUUGACGAGUUCAAUAAAUUUUGAAUUAUGUA